AUGACGCGGGGCCCUAGCGACAGCGGUCCCCAGGGAGCGGCCGCGCUGCGAAGCAGCAUGGACGCGACCACCGCCCCUCACCGCAUUCCCCCGCAAAUGCCCCAGUAUGGGGAGGCGAACCACGUCUUCGAGUUGAUGCAGAACAUGCUGGAGCAGCUCCUGAUCCACCAGCCCAAGGACCCCAUCCCGUUCAUGAUUGAUCAUUUGCAACGAGACAACGAUUAUGUGCCGAAGAUUGUAAUAUUAGGCCCACCUGCCUCGGGGAAAACAACCAUAGCUAUGUGGCUUGCCAAACACCUGAGCACCAAUCUUCUCAGCGUGGAGGGCUUGAUAGCAAAGGAGUAUUCCCCUCUGGCGGCAGACGCCAGGAUGCACCAUCAGAAGUUCAAGAUGGUACCCAACGUGCUGCUCAUCAGACUGAUGCAGGAGCGCCUGAAGGAAGAGGACUGCAUCAGGAGGGGCUGGAUUCUGGACGGCAUCCCUGAGACGCGGGAGCAGGCUCUGACGGUCCAGACCCUUGGCAUCUCCCCGAGACACGUCAUCGUGCUGAGCGCUCCAGACACCGUCCUGAUUGAGAGAAACUUGGGGAAGAGGAUCGACCCUCAGACUGGAGAGAUCUAUCACACCACCUUCGACUGGCCCCCUGAGUUGGAAAUCCAGAACCGACUAAUGGUGCCUGCAGGCAUCUCCGAGGGGGAGACGGCACGGAAGCUGCUCGAGUAUCACAGGAACAUCGUCAGGAUCCUCCCCUCGUACCCCAAGAUCCUGAAGGUCAUCAGCGCCGACCAGCCCUGUGUGGACGUCUUCUACCAGGCUCUGACCUACGUCCAAACCAGCCAUCGAUCCAAUGCCCCGUUCACCCCAAGGGUGCUGCUUUGUGGGCCCGUGGGCAGCGGGAAAAGCCUGCAGGCCGCCCUCCUGGCCCAGAAAUACGGCCUCAUCAACGUCUGCUGUGGGCAACUGCUCAAAGAAGCCGUGGCGGACAAGUGCAAAUACGGCGAUUUGAUCCAGCCAUUUUUCGAGAAGGAGAUAGCAGUCCCCGACAACAUCAUCAUGAAGGUGCUGAAACAGCGCCUGGACCAGCAGGACUGUGUUGAGAGAGGGUGGGUGCUGCACGGCUUCCCGCGAGACCUGGACCAGGCGCACAUGAUGGACAGCCUGGGCUACAAGCCCAACAGGGUGUUUUUCCUGAAUGUGCCAUUCGAUUCUGUCAUCGAGCGGCUGAGCCUGAGAAGAACCGACCCCGUCACAGGAGAAAGGUACCACCUCAUGUACAAGCCACCUCCGACCAUGGAAGUCCAGGCCCGUCUCCUGCAGAAUCCCAAGGAUUCGGAAGAGCAGAUCAAGCUCAAAAUGGAUCUGUUCUACAGGAAUUCCGCUGAGCUGGAGCAGUUCUACAGGGACGCCAUCACCCUCAACGGGGACCAGGACCCGUACACAGUCUUCGAAUACAUUGAGAGUGGGAUCAUUAAUCUCCUACCCAAGAAAGUCCCCUGACAGGUUCUGAGCUGGGAGCAUCCCUCAGGAAGACGGAGUUAGCCCCUCACCCCCAACCCUCUGGAAGAUCAG